UAAAUCCAGCGACAAAGGUUCGAUACUGAGACUCUCAAUCUUCUUUUGCUUUUGAAACCAACCAACCAUCAGCCGAUCUACGACGCCAUGGCCCUCCAUGAUUUCUCCCGUCAUGCGACGGACAUUUUGAUAGCGCAGAUGAACGCCGACCCGGGCAUCCCGACGAGCAACCCAUCUGUCUCCGGCUGGCAGGUCCCUCCUCACCCGUUGUCUGAAGCCCGGUCAGCGAAUUUGCCCCCCGUCACGGAGUUUGCCAUCAUCGGCUCGGGCGCGUCCGGUUGCAGCGUCGCCAGCAACCUCCUGCAGAACGAGCUGUCCGGCGAUCAGAGGGUCACGGUGUUCGAGGCACGCACUCUGACCAGCGGCGCCACCGGCCGCAACGGGGGCCAACUGUUGACGCACAUUCCCAAGUUCUACAAGACUUAUGCUGAGGCGCACGGGAAAGAGGCGGCGGGACGCAUUGCGCGGUACGCCCUGAGGACGGUGGACAAGAUGGUCGAUAUAGCCUAUUCCGAGGAUCUCGGGGCGUGUGAAGUCAGGAAAGUCCGAGAUGUCAUGGCAUUCGAGGACGAGGAAGGUUUCAACGCGGCUGUUUCGUCGGUUCGCCUGUACGAGGAAGCACUGUCGGAGGAGAAUGACAAAUAUUCGAUCAUUGACAAGGAUUCGGCAAAGAAACAUCACCAACUCAAGAAUGCGGUUGGGGCUUUGACUGCCACAGCUUGGGCAUUCUGGCCAUACCGUCUAUUCACUGGGAUCUUCCAGCGGCUUCUUGACCGCUACCCGAACCGCUUCUCCAUCGAAACCCGGACACCGGUGCUGUCGAUCGACUACGCUCCCGACACGGACAGCAAGUAUCCUUACAUCCUGAGUACCCCACGCGGCAAGGUCCGGGCUUCUCAGGUCUUCCACUGCUGCAAUGGAUUCACCAGUCAUCUCCUGCCACGGCUCCAGGGCAAGAUCUUCCCGUACCGUGGGACGAUGUCUCUCCAGGGCCUCGGCGCCCAGGAACCGAACUUGGGUUCCAAGAACCUCUGGCUGUUCUACCGACCGUCGACCUAUGACUCUCGCACUGGCAUUCUGGAUUCGAAGCUGUACUAUCAGCACCAGAACGCGGUGACGGGGGAGAUCUUCUGCGGGGGAGGCGUGCGGCGUCUGGACGGGAUCAUCAAGAGCGACGACGAAGAGGUGCCCGCCGAGACCCUGGAAACCCUAGAACACUUCGGCUCCAAGAUGUUUGAUCGGCCGGCAAGUGGCCAAAAAGCCGAGGGAGAAGACACGUCAACUCCCUUCAAGCACCUCCAAGCCUGGACGGGCAUCAUGGGUAUGACUCCAGACAUCCUGCCAUUUGUGGGCAAAGUGCCGCAAAGCGUUACCGGCAGGGCGGCGGAGGGCGGUGAAUGGAUCGCUGCGGGAUACAGUGGCUAUGGCAUGCCACAGUGUUGGUCGUGCGGCGAGGCUAUCGCCAGGAUGGCCCUGGGAGAAUCGAAACCUGACUGGCUUCCAGAGCCCCUGCUGUUGAGUGAGAAACGGUUGACCGAUGGGCGUCUGAGCCCUGAAGCAGCCCUUACCUACUUCGUUAGUCCGCAUUAGAAGCAUAGAUAUGCCAUGUAACGGGUGAGAUGGAUUUGCAGGACGCGAACCAGGACAAGACAAUAGGGAAAUCAUCAUCGCCGUAGCGUGACCAAAAUUCUUGAGAUAGGAACGAUCAUCACAGACCCUGCGUAAGGGCGUUUCGGAGGCGCCAGCAUCACAGUGCCGGCUCACCCUCGGUGGAUGGGGAUUGCAGGAAAC